CAACGCCAUACAUCGUCGCACGGCAGCGGCACUCGAGCAAUGUUGCCAAAUUUCCGACUCCGUGUCGAAUCGUCUCCGUCGAGUCAACACGGAACGGAAUUUCAAAGGCGGCAAAUUUGACACUCGAGAUUGAAAGAGGCGUUAAUUUAUGCGUCUACGUAUUUCGGUAUUUAGAAAUGAAAGAAACUACCCCUUAACGUGUGUGGACAUCGGACAAAGAAAUACACGUAGCCGAUGAUCCACACAUGUGCAUCGGGCAGUAAAAACAAAUAAAGCAAUAAAAUGUAGAACUGGAAGCCAGCACAGAUCCCUCAUCCCUGAUCCUUUUUUUUCCUCUCGAUCUCGAAUAAGAAACAGAAUCGAGAGUUUCAUUUAGUCGUACUGUUACUGUAGUCUCAUUGUGGCGCUUGCGAGUGAUCGUCUGAUCGAAUCGAGUCAUACUGCUAUACGCGAUUUUACGCAAACUUUUGAACCAUCAAGUUCACGCAAAUCCACGUAAACUUUUAAACUUUGAUUUUCGAUAAAUCAAAUCGUGCUUUUUUCGUGCUCGAUAAUUAUUGUCAAUUCGAAAUCCGAUUAUGCCUGAUAUUGGAGAACCGGUGAUCGGCGGCGACGGAGGAGCCCCCCAAGGUCCCCCCCGGCAGGAAAUCCAUCUAACUGAAACCGAAUUCAAGGAGCGAAUUACGAGCGUCGAAGAGGAGGCAGCCCUCAUCAAAGACCUCGUCAAAAAUCACGCGCCUUACACCGAGAAAAAAACUCUGUUCGAUGAGCAGAUAAAGGAGUUGAGACUAUCGGUCAUUUACUACACUGACGAAUUGUUUAGAAACGAGUGUUCCAAUCGGAUCAUAACGUGUCACGUCAGAUUGAAUAGCUACAUCGUCUUCUCUGUGGAGCACUUGCAGUCUCAAUCGAAUUCCUCGAGAAAUACUGAUAAUGGCGACGACAACGUUUUUCUGGAACCCAUUGCCCUUCCGAAAUUUUCCGGGGUCCAUAAGGACUGGAAAAACUUCUGGGAGAUGUUUGAAACGAGCGUACAUCUCCGGAGAAACAUGACCAACGUGCGGAAAUUUACUCAUCUCAAAAAUUGCCUAGAAGGAGCCGCUAGAGUAACCAUAGACGGGCUCGACGUAACGAACGAACUGUACCCGCAAGCAGUGGAAAUGUUGAUGAAGAAGUUCAGUAACCCCGAAGUACUGAUUGCGUCAUAUUACGACGAGCUGGACAGCAUUCCAGACCGCGACGACGGAGCUGGACAACGCACGACGUACGAAACUGUUGUCAAGAUCUUGAACAAUCUACAAGGGUUGAAAGUCGAGAUAACCCAAGAUUUGUUGAGAACUAAAAUUCUCGACAAAUUUAGCGUCGAGACCAUUGAUUAUGUCCUCACGGAAUGUAAGAGAAGGGAUUUAGAGCAGUCUGUCGGAAAUUUGUUGAAACUGUUAGAUGAGAAAAUUGGCAUCAUCGAGCAAAAUGACCUCGUCAUGAAGGUUAAAAAGCGCCGUAUCGAAGCCUCUCAAGCAUCUCAAGUUCGCGAACAAGGCGAAAACUAUUUGGCCGCCGGUAUGGUAGCCUCAGGUGCGAAUCAGAAUCAGAAUCAGAAUCAGAGUAAGCGUAAACGAAACGAUCGACCUAAAAUCAACAAGAGAAUCGAGCAGAAUCAGAGAAAUACCAACUCAGGUCAUGUACUCCGCUAUCUGCAGGGUGGAUGCAUCUACUGCAACCGCUCGAACCAUGUCAGCGCCGAUUGCACAAAGUUCAGAAAGUUGCACGAACGUCGAAGCAUCAUUAUGAAAAAACAAUUAUGCCUGCUUUGUCUAGAGGGUGGUCACAUGGCCGACAAUUGCGAACUUCGAAAUGCCAAGUGCAAACUCUGUCAGAAACCGAAGCAUCAGGCUCAUCUCUGCGUCGAGAGAAUAAUUCAAAUUUCCCAGUCCCAGAACGGCCGUACUCAUCAGGGCCGCCGUACAGCUCUGAAUUCGGGUCAUUCUGAGAAUUAAAUACCGUAUUUUGAGGGUAGACGGCACGUACGUCGACGACGAGAAGGAGUAUACAAAAACAUCAGUGUUCGCGGUGGCAGAGACAGACGUUGGAGAUAGAAUUUAAUUAUGUUUAAAUCGAAAACAAAUAUGUUAGAUUAUUUUAGAAAUUAGAUGUUAUUUCUAUUUCUAUUUCAUAUUUCAUAUUUCAUUUUUCAAUAAAGUUUAAUUAAGGUA